AAACUUAACUUAAAGGUACGUGCCGGUGUGACGGGCUUCAACGUCACGUGGCCGCUCAGCUGCGCUGUCAUGUGAUAGAGAAUGUGUGCGCGCGUACAGCGUCUUGUCAGCUAGCGCUCAGGAUGGACUGCAGAGAGUCGGCGUUAUUAGUGUCCGUUCUCCUCCUGGCUUUGGAUUUGUGCUCUGCUCAGAAUUAUGUCCUGAGCGAUGACGGGGGGUUGGGAAGGGUUUUUGAUGGAAUUGGAGGUUUAAGCGGCGGAGGGGCGACGUCUCGGUUACUGGUGAGUUAUGCGGAGCCGUACCGCAGCCAGAUACUAGACUUCCUGUUUAAGCCAAACUUUGGAGCUUCUUUACACAUUCUGAAGGUGGAGAUCGGAGGUGAUGCGCAAACUACUGAUGGAACAGAGCCGUCUCACAUGCGCUAUGAAAAUGAUGAGAACUACUACAGAGGCUACGAGUGGUGGCUUAUGAAAGAGGCCAAGAAGAGGAACCCAAAUAUCACACUCAUAGGUUUGCCCUGGGCGUUUCCCGGUUGGGUGGGCCGUGGCAAGAACUGGCCCUAUGACUACCCGGAUGUCACUGCAACAUAUGUGGUGAACUGGAUCCUUGGUGCCAAGCAGUACCAUGACCUAGACAUUCAGUAUGUUGGGAUCUGGAAUGAGAAAAGCUUUGACAUCAAGUACAUUAAGCUACUGCGAUACACUCUGGAUAAGAGUGGUCUGGAGAGGGUCAAGAUCAUAGCCAGUGACAACCUGUGGGAGCCCAUUGCCUUCUCUCUGCUGCUAGACCCUGAGCUGAGCACAGCUGUAGACGUGAUAGGGGCUCACUACCCGGGUACCACCACAAUAACAGAGGCCCUGAAGACACAGAAGAAGCUGUGGUCGUCAGAGGACUACAGCACCUUUAACAAUGAGGUGGGAGGAGGUUGUUGGGCUCGUAUCCUCAACCAGAACUAUGUCAAUGGACAAAUGACUGCCACCAUCUCCUGGAAUCUGGUGGCCAGCUAUUAUGAGGAUCUCCCAUUCGGCAGGGACGGGCUCAUGACAGCUGAGGAGCCCUGGAGUGGCAAUUAUGUGGUCGAGUCUCCAAUUUGGAUCACGGCCCACACCACACAGUUCACCCAGCCAGGAUGGACCUACCUGCAGACUGUUGGACAUCUGGCACAAGGUGGAAGCUAUAUUGCUUUGACUGAUGGGAAGGGAAAUCUCACUGUUGUCAUAGAAACAAUGACUCACAAUCAUUCAGUGUGCAUAAGACCUCCACUACCUCCCUUUAAUGUAACAUCCCAAAAUGCAACUUUCUGGCUAAAGGGGUCUUUUGCAUCCAUUAAAGAGCUCCAAGUGUGGCGGUCACAGUUUGACUUUAAGACGAACAAGCCUUCCUUUUUUGAGAAACUAAAACCACUGAAGCUUGUAGAUGGCUCGUUUACCCUGAAUCUGGCUGAAGACGAGGUUUACACACUGACCACUGUUAGCACAGGAAGCAAAGGCAGCUAUCCCGACCCACCUCCCUCAGCUCGCUUCCCUAAAGUGUACAAGGAUGACUUUGAUGUUCGGAGCCCACCUUUUUCAGAAGCUCCAUACUUUGCUGAUCAGACAGGAGUGUUUGAGUACUACAUUAACCUGACUGAUCCUGGACCUCACGUUUUCACCUUAAGACAGGUUCUGACAGAAAGGCCCAUCACAUGGGCAACGGAUGCUGAUCAGACCAUUAGUGUCAUCGGAGACUAUUACUGGCAGAACCUGACAGUGACAUGUGACGUCUUCUUGGAGAAGAUGAAUGCUGGUGGUGUGUUCAUAGCAGCCAGAGUGGAUAAAGGGGGACAGUCAAUCCGCAGUGCUAAAGGAGUCUUCUUCUGGGUGUUUGCUGAUGGCACCUACAAAGUUACCAAUGAUCUUGUUGGCGAGACUGUACUCGCAGAGGGACAGUCUGGUACUGAGGUACAUAGGUGGUACACCUUGUCACUCACUGUAAAAGGACAGUAUGCAUCAGGGUCACUGAAUGGAUACCCUCUGUGGAAGAAUGCUGUGGUACUGACCCCAAAGGCUGGCUGGGCUGCCAUAGGAACACGCUCAUUUGAACUGGCCCAGUUUGAUAACUUUGCUUUGGUGGCAGAGUGAUGAAUUAACUUUAAAUCAUGAUUUACACUAUGCUGAAUGUCCUGAUUCAUUUAUGGACGUGAUUAGUACUUUACAGCCGAUAGCUUCAAGCAUAAUAAUCAUGUUGUGUGUAAAAUUUUGGGCAUUGUAUUGACAGAAAUGGGUUAUAGUAUUUAAUUACCAUGUAAUUAUGCAUCACUGUGUUUUUGUUGGAAUGAUCCUGUCAUAUCAAACCUCAGUCCCGAACAGAAACUAAUGUCUUUCUACAGCUCACAGCCAACAAAACACUGGUUUAAGACCUUUCUUUGAAGAGAUGCCAAGACUUCAAGAUAAGGCUGGAAAUGUGUUGGGGCAUAACUUGUAGUGAAUCGUGUGUUUUUAGCACAUCAGAAUCAGUUCAGUUCAGUUCAUUUUUAUUUCAAACAUAUACAUUCACCAACAUUUCAUAAAAUCAUUCCAUGCAGUUGUUUGAAAAGGAGUAGGCAGAAGUAUAUAUUUAUUUAGCCCUACCCCCUCAGGUUUACAUCCUCAUCAUCUAAAUUUGAACAACAAAAACGUAUACAAUGCCUUCAACUUAGAACAUAACAUCACAAAAAAAUAUUUUCUCAUGUUCAACUAAAACUAUAUUUAGGUUUGCUAAUUUGCAGAAGAAAAUAAUCAUCAGUUUGACUGCUGUCUUGGGUUAAUUGCAUUUUCUUCAUUCUUAUACUUAUUUAAAAUUUCUUUUUUGAGUUUUAUUUUAAACUGGUUUAUAUCACUACUGACCUUUAUUUCUUCUUUUAACUCAUUCCUGAAUUUAACACCCGCUAUUGAAAUAGAUAUCCUUUUCAAAGUUUUCUUACUCUUUGUAUUUUUAAAUUCCACUUCCCUCUAAAAUUAUACCUCCCUUCUCUUUCUAAGAACCAUUUACUUAUUUUGAUUGGGAGCAUCCCUUUCCUUGCCUUAUAUAUUAUUUGCAUUGUUUUAAACUUCACCAGAUCCUGGAAUUUUAUAGCUUGUGUCUUAAUAAAGAGUGCGUUUGUGUGAGCCCUAUACCCCUCCUGAUUUAUUAGUGUAAUGGCCCUUUUCUGCAUUAUGAUUAUAGUCUGAAUAUUACUUUUAUAUGUAUUUCCCCAAACCUCUACACAAUAACUCAUGUAUGAUAAUAGUAAAGCACAAUAUAACAUAUACAAUGUUUUCCUAUCCAGAAAUUGUUUUACUUUCCCCAAGACAGCAAUGCCCCGUGCUAACUUUCCCCUCACAUAAGUGAUGUGUGAUUUCCAACAGGCCUUAUGAUCAAUGAUCACACCAAGAAAUUUUAUGGUAUUAACCCUUUCUAGAUAUACAUUAUAAACACAAAUUUCAAUGUUAAUGUUUUUCUUAUAGUUUCCGAAUAACAUAAAUUUUGUUUUAUUUAAAUUUAAGGACAAUUUGUUUCUAUCAAACCACUUCUUUAAUAUCUUUAACUCCUGUGUGAUCACCUCCAAAACCUGUUGAAAUUCCACACCUGAACAAAGUAUAUUGGUAUCAUCUGCAAAAAUUACAAACUUUAGUAUCUUCGAUACUUUACAAAUAUCAUUUAUAUACAUAAUAAACAUUUUCGGACCCAAUACUAAUCCUUGAGGUACUCCACAUUCAAUAUCCAUCAAUUUAGAUUUAAACUCAUUUAUUUGUACAUAUUGCUGUCGAUUCAUCACAUAGCUUUUUAUCCAAUCCAAUACCACACCCCUAAACCCAUAUUUUUCCAGUUUGAUUAUUAGAAUUUUGUGGUCAACAGUAUCAAAUGCUUUUUUUAGAUCUAGAAAGACUCCAAGUGCAUACUUCUUGUUAUCCAUACAUUCUGUUAUUUCUUCCAUUAAAUCCAUCAAUGCCAAAACUGUUGAUCUAUUAUUUCUAAACCCAUACUGGCAAUUCGCCAACAAUUCAUGUUUAUCCACAAAGCUAUCAAAUCUUUUUAGAAAUUGUUUUUCCAGUAUCUUAGAAAACUGGGAGAGUACCGACACUGGUCUAUAAUUUGUAAAACAAUGCUUUCCACCUGAUUUAUAAAUGGGAAUAAUUUUUGCAACUUUCAUUUUUUGUGGAAAAACCCCUUCCUGGAAAGACAAAUUAAAAAUAUAUUGUAGCGGUUUUACAAUACCAUCAAUUACUCUCUUUACCGUUACCAUAUCAAUAUGACAGUCAGUACUUGUUUUGUUCUUAAGUCCACUGACAAUAUCAUAUAUCUCCUUCUCUUCCACUGCUCUUAAAAACAUUGAACUUGCAUUCCUUUCAAUGUUUCCUCCAGUCUCCCUUUCUGUCAUAUCAACCUUUAUUUCCGCAGCCAGUUUUGGCCCUAUAUAUUUACAAAAAAUUCAUUGAAUCCAUUUACUACUUCGUUCAUUUUACUAAUAGUAUUUGUCCCUUCCAUAAAAUACCCAGGGUAGUCAUUAGUCCUUGGUCCAUUUUUUAUUAUACUAUUUAAUACCUUCCAUAUCCCUUUCAUGCUAUCUUUAUUAUCUUCUGACUUUUUGAUGAAGUAUUCUUUUUUACAAGUUCUUAUUAUGUUAGUUAAUUUAUUUUUAUACUUUUUAUAUUUUUUCUCAGAUUCUGUAGUUCUCUUUUUAAUGAAUUCUCUAUAUAAGGUGUUCUUUUUUUUACAGGCACUUUGCAGUCCCUUCGUCAUCCAUGAUCUUCCUGCAUACUUAUCUUUCCUGUUGACUUCAAUGAGUAGGCUGUUUUUCUCUAAUAAGGCCAUGAAUAUGCUUAAGAAUGCCUCAUAGGCUUUAUUGACAUCCUUGUGUUUAUAUACAAUAGUCCAAUCUUGUUUUAUUAACUCAUUUUGAGACAAUGCAUUGUCUUUUCUGUUCUAAUUGUUUUAUAUAUCGUCUUACAUUCAUUUCUAUGAACUUUAUAGCAACAGUCAUAAGUUACAAAAACUGGUAAGUGGUCACUUAUAUCAUUUAUCAAUAUCCUGCCUUUUAUAUUUUCUUCCAUUACAUUUGUAAAAAUAUUAUCUAAUAGAGUUGCACCAUGAGUGGUUAAUCUCGUCGGUCUUGUUAUCAGGGGAAAUAAUCCCAUACAAUACAUUGAAUCAAUAAAUUCUUCAAUACUCUUAUUAUGAUUUGGGUUCAAUAAAUCAAUAUUAAAGUCUCCACAAAUAAACAUUCUUUUCUGAUUCAGAUUUGUAUAUAAGUCCUCCAUAAUGUCCUUAAAAGUCUCAAUCUUUGACCCUGGUGUUCUAUAUAUGAAACUGACAAUCAUAUUUUUCUGUUUUUUCAUAUUUAUUUCCACUGUUAUACAUUCCAUCACUCCAUCUACCACCCUCGUCAUUCUUCUCAUUUUUUCAAACCUUAAAUUUUUAUCAACAUAGAGUGCCACCCCACCUCCUUUUUUAUUAGUCCUAAGUGGAGGAAUUCAUAUCCCUCUAUCUCAAAAUCCUCUUCUUUUCCAGUGUUUAUCCAAGUCUCUGAUAUUGCUAUCACAUCAAAUGAUGGAUUAAACUGUGCUAUAUAUUCUUUAAUAAAUUGAAAGUUUGCAUAUAGAC